AUGAGGAUUCAAUACGACAUUGACACAAUUCAAUCGGCUGAGAAGGCACUGAAGCGUAUGGAGAAGCUUGAUCUCGUCGAAGAAGCAAAGAAAAAGAAGACUCGCGAAUUAGUCAUAGGUCACAGUCGACGAAGAUGCGAAGAUGAGGCGAUGGUGGCGAGGGAAAAGCCGGAGAUGGCAAUGGCACAGCUGACACAGAGUGUCGCGGACAUGGAUGCAGUAUCGGCGGAAGCGACCACGAAGGUCGGGGAGCCGGUCUUGGAGUACACCAGGCUCUCCCUAUCUGGGACCUUCGUUGGCUAA